AUGGAGUCCAUUAAGCGUCGUGCCGACGACGACACCGUCAACCCCCAGCCUGCGAAGAGAAGAGCCACUGCCUUCGACCUCGACUACAUCCGGUCCGCCGAGUCGAUGCGCACCGGCCCUGGCGCCUUCAGCUGCAACUUCGACUUCGACGGCCACCGCAAGUUCGGACUGGCGGCCUCCCGCGAAGACAUCGUGUCCGAGUUCGCAAAGCAGCUGGACCGAGUACCCGGCAAACGCGUCCGCAUCGUCUUUGAGGGAUACGACGACGACCAGCCGAACACUACUACCACCCAGCUCAUUGAGAGGACGGCCAACCAAGAUGCUAUGCAUAGUCAGGCUCACGGCAUGGAAGUCAACCGUGACGUCCGACCGUCUCAGAGUACCAGCCACGAGGGACACAAGGCCAUCCCGAAGACGGAGAGGCCGGAAGACAUCUUCGAUAUGAUUCGCUCUGGCUCUAUAUCUGGGUCCGGACCUCCGCCGGUAGAGGCCAAGCUGGGAGAAGGAGGUAGCCUCGAAGGUCUAGUGAACGCAUUCGGGGGGGCCAACCCAGGCCGGCACACACAAUCAUACUCAUCUUUCAGCUACAUCAACCAUGACGCUCUGAAGGGGAUGAACUCCCCGGUCGUCGAUGGACGUUCGUCUCCUGACCACGAUCAGCCCGAAGGAGACCUCUAUGCCUCUGCUCAUCGCCGGAUUCCUGAUCAUACCUCCGAAACUGGCGAUUCGACGUCUAUGGCGGACCAGAAAAUUUUGCCCGAUUUCUUUGGUGCCGCCGUCAAUGAAGAGGUCUUCCUUGGUGGCUACGGCUCAAGCUCCUCGACUCCUCGAGUCUUAUCAUAUCCGUACCACCGAGAUGAGCCCGCCGAGCCGCGGCCGCAGACAGCAGAUAGCACCGGCAAAAAGUUCAUGCCCAGGAGAAGAUACAGGUGCUAG